AUGAGAAGACCAUAAAGUGCAUAAGUUACCAAAAUACUUAUCAAUAGACCCAAAGAUGAAAUUAUUGGUACUAGACAACAACUUAAUUUAUUAAAUGAAGAACAUAAGAAAAUAAAAACUCAAAAUAUGCAACUCAAAGUAUAACCUAAAUAAAUACUUAGAGAUAACUUAUGAAAUAUGAACAUAUUGAUGAGAAUCUUAUAAAUUCUUAAUAAUUAUUAGGACGCACUUCUGAACAACCUAGUAUAAUACCUACUCUUAAAUAUAAAAUUAGAAUCUAAUAAAAUGAAAUUAACAUAUUAAGAUAAUAAUUAUAAGCAUAAUAAAAACAAAUGAAAAUUACUUCACUCUAAGAAUUAUAAUUUUAAAUUCAAUAAUACUAAGAAGAAACUGUUUAACUUAAAUCUAUGCUUGAUGAAGCAUUAAAUCUUAAAAAUGAAACAUAAAAGUCUCAAUAUAUUGGUUAUUUAUCUAAAAUCUAAGAAUUAAAAUUGGAAAUCAAAUAAUAUAUAUAAGUCUGUGAAAUUUAAUAAAGAGACAUUAAAUAAUUAUAAUAAUAAAUUAAAUUAUAAUCAGAUCAAUUAUAGACAUUAUAUUCUGAAAAGAAAAAAAUUGAAAACCAAUUUAAAGAACCUUAAAUUUAAAAACCUUAAUAAUUAGAAAACUCUUAAACAUUUUCUAAAUAAGUUGUAAUAAAAGAUUAAAAAAGAAAAGAAGAUACUCCUGAAUAUUCUAUGCAUGAAAAUACAUUAUUAUCUUAACUUUUAGAAAAAGAUAGAAAAAUUAAUGAGCUUGAAGAAAAUUUAAUUAGUCUUAAUAAAAUUCAUAAUGUAAAAAUUAAUUAAUAACUCUAAUUCAUAGAAUAAUAGAAUGCUUAAUUAGGAAUGAAAUAAAACAUAAUUUAAAAUUUAGAAUAAGAAAUCAACAAGUUAGAACUAUAAAUUAAAGAUAUCAAACUCAAAACACAAUAAAUGAUGUAAAAUAAGAUUUGUGAAGAUAAAGCAACUUAAAUUUAACAUAAAUCGAAAUGGACAAUUGAAGAAAUCAAAGCAAUAUUAAGAUUUAGAUUAAAAAGAUCAAUGAUUGAGCAAAAAGAAAUUUCAAAUUUUUUGCUAAAAAAAGGAGAUUAAAGAUUCUUUUCUAUUUAAUCAUAAUUUUAAAAGUAUUACUAUUGAAUUAAAUAGAUUUCCUUUUAAUUUGAAUAUUGAACAAUCAUAUCACAUUACUAUGUUUUUAUUAACUGAAGAGUCAGCAUUUGGUCAAAAUAUACUGGAAAAAGAUUUACCUUAAUAAGUUCUUAAAUCAAGAAUAUUUCAUCUUUUACCUUCUUAUGAAUUAUUAACUAUUGAAGAAGAAGGAUAAUUAUUUUAAUGUAUGUCAAGAAAAUUAAUCAAUAAGAUAAAUUAAUUAUAAGAUUCUGUUAAAUAAAUCAAAAGAAUAGAAAAGUAAUUUUUUUAUUAGAUUAAAAUUAGAUCAAAUAUUAAAGAAGGAUUUUGUCUUCCAAAAUAAUUAUUAGAAGCAUUUACAUUAAUUUUAGAUAAUUGUUUCUCAGAAAAAGAAGCUGAAUAUCUAUUUUAAUUAAAUUUUGAAAUAAAUAAGUCUCCAAUUUUAAUUAAUAUUUCCAGAUUAGUGAAUUUAUUUUAAAUGAAACCAAAAUCUGGAAUUAACAAAGUUUGUAAGAUUUUACAUAAAAUUUAAUAGAAAAAGAAUUAUCAUUAUUUCCCUCAACAUUGUUAUUUUCAUAUAAUAAAGAAGCUAUCAUUAAACCAAAAAGUAAAAUUUAUUUUUAUUAAAGGACCAUCGUUAUUAUUAAAUUAAAAUGUUUCUCCUAAAUAAAAUUUGGCAGGAUAACAUAAAACAUUAAAAUUAAAUUAAGCAUUUUCAGUUAUUGACAUUGUUCCAAUUAUUAAGAAAAAACCUAUUUUUUCUAUAUCCAGCAUUUUAUAAAUCUAAUUGGGGAAGCCAAAAAAAAAACAAAUUUUCAAGCCUGAUUUUACAUAAACAGAUGAAAUAGAACUAAGUAAUCAAAAAACAGUGAAAUAUCUUGGAAUAAAUUAAAUUAUUUAAUUAAGCUGGAUUCAUUUUAAUAAAAAAACUGAUGCUUCAGUCACUUGCACUAAAAAUUAAAUGGCAAUUACAAAACAGAUUUAAAUUUCUAAAAAUUUUAGGAAAGAAAAAAUUGAAAAAGAAAUUUAAUGUAAUUUAUAACAAAUAAAUUAAAUUCAUGAUAGUAUAGAGGAAAGAGUAAAAUAAAUUGAUAAUAUUCCUAAAGUUCAUUAGAAUAUAACAAUAGAAGAUGAUAAAAAAUAAUUAAAUAAAGAAGAACUGAUAAUUAAUAAGUAAGAUAGACUACAAGAAUAAUAAUUUUAAUAAGAAUAAAAUCAAAAAUUAUAAUAAUAGACAUAAUAGAAGAAUGAAAAUGAAUAAUAGUAAUUUUAAGAAUAGACUUAAACUGAAUUUAAAGGAGAUUAGGAAAUUGAAAAAAUUGUAACCCUUUAUUUGGAAACAGUUAUAUAAAAUUUUGUAAUAAAUUAAUAAGAACUUAAUAAAUGA